UUGGAAAAAAAUUGAAGUUUUAGUUUUGGUUACCUUUGUACGGUGAUGUUGGUAUCUCAAACUCCAACUACAACCAACCAACCAACCAUAGAACAUGACUUCUCUCUCCGUCUUUCCCUCACUCCCAUCGCUUCAAAACCCUAACUUCACUCAUCCCCGCCUCUCCAAUUUCAUCUAUUUCCCUUUCAAUUCCACGCAAUCUUUUGCACCACUCUCUCGCCGUAAUUUCUUAUGCAGAGCUUUCAGAGAUCCCGGCGAGGACAUCAAAGCGGUCGUCAAGACCGACGACGGCGGCGGCGGAGAUGGGGGUGGAGACGGUGGGGGGGACCGGGACUCGGAGAAAAAAGAAGGGCCUUUGCCGGAGUGGUUGAAUUUCACUACUGAUGACGCCAAAACGGUACUUGCUGCUAUCGCAAUUUCGCUUGCGUUUCGCACGUUCGUGGCGGAGCCUAGGUACAUUCCCUCGCUGUCAAUGUACCCUACAUUUGAUGUUGGCGAUAGAAUUGUUGCUGAAAAGGUUUCUUACUAUUUUAGAAAACCAUGUGCAAGUGACAUAGUGAUAUUCAAAAGCCCUCCUGUGCUCCAAGAAGUUGGAUAUAGUGAUGACGAUGUUUUUAUAAAGCGUGUGGUUGCAAAGGAAGGUGAUAUUGUGGAGGUCCGUAAAGGGCAUCUUGUAGUUAAUGGGGUUGAGAGGAAUGAAGACUACAUUCUUGAACCACCUGCAUAUGAGAUGAAACCCACACGUGUACCAGAAAAUUACGUGUUUGUGAUGGGAGACAAUCGCAAUAACAGCUAUGAUUCCCAUGUGUGGGGUCCCCUGCCAUCCAAGAACAUCAUAGGGAGAUCAGUAUUUCGGUAUUGGCCACCAAAUAGAAUUGCUGGCACAAUUUCUAAGGAUAGCUGCAGUGUUGAAACCACGCAGGAGGGUGCAGAGACUGCUCUACCUUCUCAAUGACCACACUUGCCAUCCAUUGCCGUGGAUUAUGUAAUACCAAUUUUUGUAUUGUUAGUCUCAAUCUUAGAAAAGAAAUAGGACGUUAUUAAGUUGAAAAGACAUUUAUAUCCUCAUAAUUUAUGUAGGUGUAAAACAAUUUAUUUCAAACUUAACAACCAAGCUUUCUAUGUAUUUACUUUUCAUUUUUAGUUAGUGAUCGAUUUUUGUAAUAUUCAAAUAAAAUAUCCAAGGUUGUUUCUAAUAUAUCAUUAAACCUGGGGUUAAAUAUGUUUUUAGUCUUUAAACUAUCAAACGAAUUUGUUUUUAGUCUCUUUUUCAAAGUAAGGUACAUUUUAGGUCCUUUAAAACUAACACUAUUAAAAACCAGCUGAGCUGGCUAACGGUGUAGUGUCACAUAAUUUUUUUUCUGAUACCACUCGUGUCAGAUUUUCUCCCCUUCCACCAACCCAACCCCAUUCCCCCACCAUGGAGCUCAACCCCCAAAUGGCGCAACGCCCCCACCCCUCGUUGUCCUUGAGAUGUUCCCACCGCCCCUCAGCCACCAACGAUCCCCUCAGCCACCCGCGCCACUUCCUCAAAUUCCCCGCCAUGUCCCUCACCACAGCCACUGCACUCACCGCUAAUGUCUGGCCUUCAACAGUGUGUCGUUUUGGUAGAGGCUUAUGUCCUAACGUAGCAAAUCGAACGUCGCGGUGCAGUUCUUCGAGGUUUGUGACUAUGACGAUGGAUUGGAAAUUGAAGGAGAUGAUAAUUAGGGGUUUGGAUAGGUUUGUAGAGAGGAAGGAUUUAUAUAAGAGUGUUGGGAAGGCGUCGAAAAGAGGGCUUUCGGGUCCCCUGGAACUGGGAAAUCGAGUUUGAUUGUUGCUAUGGCUAAUUAUCUGAUAAACCAGUAAGGACCCUUUUUAAUGUUUAAAGAUUUACAAUGUAUUAAGUUGAAGAACUGUUUUUGUUAAUGAAAAGGUAAUUUCUUAACAAAGAUGAUCAUGGUUUUGGAAGGUAGGGUUGUUGAAUGUAGAUGGAUACUACAAUUCCUUGUUGUCUUUCAUUGACAAAGCUGUGGAGGAAGGCUUCAUUAGCCCUAAAGCUCACCACAUAACUGUAUCUUCCCCAUCAUUAAAAGAGCUUGUCAAAAAGAUGGAGGAAUAUUUUCCACAGCAUGAAAGAGUUGCCUCUAAGUUGAGCUAGGAAACGCAUCUCAGUUAGGAAAUAUAAUCUGAGAUGAAAGGAAGAGACAAGAGAGAGAAGGAGAAAAGAUGAGAAACACUUCAAGAAAAAAAAUUGUCAGUCUACCGUCAUAUCAGCUAGUUUGUAACUAUGUUAAUUUUAGAAGAUUAAAAUUAAAAUUUAAUUAAGGAGGAGAAUUAAAAUAUAUCCUACUUUAAAAAAAGAACUAACUAAAACCAAAACCACUUAAUAGCAUAGGAGGAGGAUUAAAAUGUAUCCUACUUUAAUCUCGCCCAACAAAAAACCACAAUAAGCCACCUAAGAAGUUCCACAUCCUCCCACAAGGCUAGCAAAAAUCAAAACAAACCAUAGAACAUAAUUACAAUCCUUAUCUAAGAUUUCUAAAUUUGCAAACAAAUCGUCGACCUAUAUUAUAAUCACAGCGUAAGUGGUGAUAUUAAACUAAAACCGGGAAAAGGGAAGAAAAGUAAAAAUACUUGGAACAGUAUGAUGGCACACUCGUAUUUCUUUAAUUACAUAAACGAUACAAUUUGCAAAGCCACACAUAUUGAUAAUGAAUAUAUUACACGGUUUAAAAAGAAUUUAAUUUUAUUACAAAAUUUAAAUCAAAGCCGUAAUGAAUAUAUUACACUACUUUCUCACACUCAAUAGUAUUAACAAAUUCUGUAGUUAAUUUGAAUUUUGUCUUAAAAUUUAAAUUUGACAUCCGGCUUUAGAUUUCUGCUCAUGUAAAAUAAUACAUUGUUUCUUAGUAGACUUGCAAAUUGGGAGUCUUCGAUUUCACAACCUUAGAGGCUUUUAGAUCAUAACUACAUAUUGAGAAUCAGAAAUUAGAGUCAGAUUAUUUAUUUACGUAAAUGCUUGGAGAUUCACAUUUCAUGCUUAUAAACGAAUAUCACAUAGCAAUCUAUGAAUUACAUAAAGUAGGUCUCCCGAGAGUCUGCAGUAGUUCUCAAGCCUGGCGAAGGCGAAAACUCUUUGGCGGCCACUGCGAAUGUUUAGAGAAACAAGCCUUAGAAUUUGUCAUCAUUGCCGAUCAUCCUAUCACACGUUCAUGUCAUAUUCACUUAAUGCUGAAUAAUACAUUUAACUACUAUUCCACACAAUUUUCAGUACAAUUUAAAGAGACUAGUUAUAGACAUUUGUUUAUCUGUUCGUAGAUAGAUGAACUGAAAACCAGAAAGAAAAAAAAAAAUAAACGGCAGUACAAAUUUAACUCUCAGACAUCCAAGGAAGGAUAAAAGCAGCAUUAGCUCUCUAGCCUGGCGAAGGCGAAAGCUCUUAGGCGGCCACUGCGAAUGUUUAGAGAAACAAGCCUUAGAAUAUGUCAUCAUCGAGUUUUUGAAGCACAAACAAAAAACAAUCUACACUGAAAAUUACAAUUUCAAAAAAUAAAAUGUAAAAAAAAACUAUAUAAAACAGCUGAAUCAAAAAACAUAUAUUCUCAGACAUCCAAGGAAGGAUAAAAACAGCACAAGCUCUCAAGCCCGGCGAAGGCGAAAGCUCUUAGGCGGCCACUGCGAAUGUUUAGAGAAACAAGCCUUAGGAUUUGUCAUCAUCGAAUGAACAGAAAUUUACAGAACAACUAAGUUUAUGGAACUCAACAAAUCAAUAUUUAAUCAUAACAGAUAAUAGUAAUUACAAAAGAAUAAUCAUCAAAGCAACAGCUGUGAGGUCUCAGACAUCCAAGGAAGGAUAAAUACAGCACUAGCUCUCAAGCCUGGCGAAGGCGAAAGCUCUUAGGCGGCCACUGCGAAUGUUUAGAGAAACAAGCCUUGUUUGGUAUCAUCACAGACAAAUAGUAUGGCUAUAAUUGCAACAGGAUAGCAUACAUUGAUUAAAAAUUGACAAUUACAGUAAAUGAGUUCUACAGUGACAAAUUAGAUUUUCCACCCUAUAAUGAUCAGCAAGAAACAGAAAAAAGAGCUGACAAAGUGAAAAGGAUGGAUGAAUUGAAUGUUAGGGACAUGUUCAUCCCUAAAGCACUCGGAAUCACUGCUAAAGGGGCAGACGUAAAGUCCCGUAAAUUCAAGGUAACAAAAUUUAAAUAAAAGAUGACAAAACCAAAUCAGACAAGAGUAGUAGUAAAAACAUAGACCAAUCUAAAACCUAAAAAUUAAGAUUUAAAGCAUAAUGAAUAAAAGGGUCAUCAGAUAGGAGCGAAAGACUAAAACUAAAUAUAAUCACAGAUAAAUCAUCUGAACUAUGCUUAUGAUCAUCAUAUGACCCUUCCAACAUAUUAAUAACACAAACUCAAUAAAAGGAAAAUAAUAAGUUAAGACAGUAACAGAUUACAAACAUGCAAAUAAAAAAGAAAACUAUAGUAAAAGGGCCUCAGAAGGAAGGCAGUAGUGAUUUCGUAAUCAUGAAUAUCAUCCAUUACUAUUCACUAAAUCAUUCAUCAUUGGCAAUAAAAACAGAGAAUUUAGGAUUCAUAAACUAACAUUUCACUGCAACAUCACCACCUAAACUAAGGUAAACAAAAACACAAUCACUCAAUAAAGAAAAAUAUCUAUAGAAAAAACGUUGAUAGUUGGCCUCAUAGAGAAGAUUAGUUUGAUCCACACGGAGUAGUUCAGACAUAUGCUUGUCUAUUAUUUAUAAUUUAAUCAUAGGCCUAUCAAAGAGUACAAAUCUUGCUACUAACCACAAUAUCAAAUAUGGAAGAAGAGCUGAAAAAUAAAACAAAGACAGAAACAUUAAUCAAAUAAAAUUCAAUGGGAAAAAAUAAAUGGACAAAGAAGGGACUCAGAAUAUGGGUGGUGAUAUAGCAGGAUGGUCGGCAAGGCCAAUGAGGCCAAUUACGACGAACGAGACCUUAUCACAGAAUCAUCACAGUCCAAUUCGAUCUGAUUUCGACACACACUACAACAAUCAAUUGUAACAGACAGAGAUGAAAAACUAAAAAAAUGGAAUCUCAUGAAUCGAGAGUGUUAAAGAAACCCUAGCCUCUUGAGGAAC